CCCACCCCCACCAACCCACGAGAAACCGAGCACCAUCAACGCGUUCCCCCCACCACCGCGUCGUCGCCACAACAACAAUGUCCUCGCCGCCCCCCGCCCUCUCGUCUAACAACAACCUCCUCUCGCCGCUCGAGCAACAGGUGCUCGACGAGUACUCGCGGCUGCUCGACAACCUGCACCGGCUAUCGUCCACCACCGCGGCGCUCGCCGACACCCCCGCCGCAGAGAUAAUGGACUCGCUGCGCCUGCUCGAGCGGAAGACGGGGCUGGUGUUUACGCUGCUGAAGGCGAGCGUUUACUCCAUGGUGCUGCAGCAGCAGCUGGACACCGAGGGGCAGGGGCAGGGAUACGAGGGGGGUGGUGCUGGGGAUGAGAUGGAUAUGGAUUGAUCGUGGGGCGGGAUGGAAUGGAACGAUAUGGAUUGAUUGUAUGCGCGGGCUCGGAGCUGGGCGUUUGGGCGUUUUGAGUGUUUUGGUUGAUUACCUAUUCGGAGAGCGUGGAGAAAUGCA